CCCGUGCGGCGCUAGGACCAAGAGGAAAUCAGGUCACAGACACACUUUACAACCAGGACACAGGAGGUUUCACUACGGCUGGAAUUUGCACAAAGUUUUUGUGAACAAUAUUGUCAUGUGUAGCGUUAAACAGUGUCGGGGAAAAAACACGCUUUGUGAUUUUAUCUUCAGUUGAACGAGGUAUCGGGUGUUGCGUCUGUUGUCUUCUUCCUCUUUUUUCCCUGUGAUCUUCCUGAAAACACCUGCGUGAUUCAGGUAACUCACCGAUGAAGAGGGAAGUCCCUGGGCAUUGAGCGGUGAAAAGUUUGUCCUGCAGGGAUGUGUUCAAGUCGGGGUGUAUGUGGCGCCAAUAACCGCCCCAACAGACCCUCCAGCUCACAGGGCACCAGUUCAGGCGCACACUAUGCCCUCUGCGCCCUGGGAGUGGGACUCAUUGCUCUGGGUAUUGUUAUGAUUGUGUGGACUGUGAUACCCAUGGACGGGGAGGCCUCAGGUGGCUCCCACACUCCAUCAGAAAACACCACCGCGGUGCCCGGGAACAAUAAUGGAAAAGCUACAGAGACCACUAAGUCUUCAACAGUGGCUAUAGUGCUGGUUGGAGUUGGGGCAGCCAUGUUGCUUUUAUCCAUCUGCCUCGGGGUGAGGAGCAAGAGGAGGACACGCACCAGAAGGAACCAGCCAGCGGCAACAGGAGUCCCCCUUGUGGAUAAUGUGGCAGAGGAACCAGCUGCAGACCCAAACACAUUCAGCGUGCCAAGUUAUGAGGAGGUCGUUGGCAGUGGCAACUACCCUGUCCGCCAAAGCAACCUUCGCAACAGCACCUCCCAGCUGCCGUCCUACGAGGACAUCAUAGCCGCUGUGGAAAAUGAGGGUGCAGAGCCUGGUAGCAACCCCACCGAGGAGGCCCAUCCUAAUGAUCCCACACCAGCUCCAGCUCAACCUGCCACUGAGAUAUCAAACCCCAGCUUGUCCGUCCGCAGCAGCAGCCGUGCCAGUCGUUUGCUGAGGCCCCUCCGGGUGAGAAGGAUUAAGUCAGACAAACUGCACCUCAAGGACUUCCGCCUCCAAAUCCGCAGCCCCACGCAGAAUCCAGUGACCAUUGAACCCAUCACUCCGCCACCGAAGUAUGAAAAUAAGAUGCCUGAAUUAGGGUAGUGUCUUUCACUUAUUGCCUGUUCCCGAUGAAUAAAAAUAUCUCUGAGAACCCACUCUCAAGGUUGGUAUUAAGUAGGUUAAAUGUGGCUGCGAGCAGCGUGAUGGAGGCCGUGCAGACACACUUUAAAUGAGAAGAUUUCAAGUGAAUCCCUUGUUCUUUUUCACUGAAGCUUGUGACAUAUUUAUUGUGUUAUAAUGCAUAAUUAAAUCCAUGUGAAAGGAUAAGCUGUCUGAGUUUAGAUUUUGAUUUAAACAUUGUUCCAUAACUUAUAUCAAACACAGGACAGCCUUUCAGUUUUAUUUAGUUAUUUAGAUGUUUGUUUGUGAAGUUGUUUUUAAAUCUGUUGUCUUAAGCAAACUGAAAAUGAUGUCCAAUGUGAACUGUCAAAUAUUGGAAACAGUGGGAACAAUUAUAAUCUAACCUGUGACAGUAAAACCAGAAGUAAAAGUCUGAAGUAUUGGAUAAUCUGGUGCGGGAUGUGACAUUAACAAUUAGACAUGCAUUGCUUAGGAUUCAAGGUGUUUAGAUGUUUAAGGUAUGCUGUAAUCUUUUUGUUUUUUUUAAGUGGUGAAUAAAUGCUUGUCUGUUUCAUUUAGGAUCAUUUCAAGAUUUUAUAUUUUUAUCACAAAAUGUCACUGAAAAUGAUGAUUUGUAUUGAUUGUGUGCUCUAAAUUUGAUGGAAUUGUAUUUAUUUUGAAAAGAUAAAUAUUCUUUGUACUUUAAGCUAAUAAAAUAUAAUUGUA